UUCAUCCGCUCCUGCAGGCUGUGAAGUUGGCAGCUACGCAACUACCUCUGCGCCAUCUUCCUUUGGAUGUUGUCUGUGACGUAGUUGGAACCUGAACCUUGAACUUUCUGAGGAGAGCAUCUGAACUUCAGAAUUCCUACCAGGUCUUUUUGCAAGGAAAUAGACCAACAGCUGCAAGCAACUGCAAUCCUGUCACACCUUCAUGAUGUUUCCCUUGGCUAGAAAUGCAUUGAGAAGUCUCAAGAGUCUAAGCAUUCAGCAAAUUAGGGCAAGACAGAGCCACAGGAAACACUCCCCAGAUUUUCAUGACAAAUAUGGUAACGCUGUACUAGCCGGUGGAGCCACCUUCUGUGUUGUUGCAUGGAUAUUUGCAACCACGCAGACUGGAAUAGAAUGGAACCUGUCCCCUGUUGGCAGAGUCACCCCCAAAGAGUGGAAUGAUGAGUAACCAUCACAGUUGCUGUAACACAGAAUUGUCUCAACACCAGCUUGUCAUUUGAGCACUCUGCUGCUCGUCUAAAUAUAGCAUAAUUGGAAAAUUAAAAUACAUUUGAAACCUUUAAAAAGUCAUUGGAAGUAGUCAUUUUGGUGCCUGGAAGCAAGGCUGUAACAUUGGAUAUACCUUACAGGGGGUUAUGAAUAACAAAUAUUUGAAA